UCACUGCACACACACUCGCAUAUAUACAUAGAGUCUACUCUGCCUGCUGGUCUUUUUUCGCUUGUGUUGGACAGCUGAAGAGCGCUAAAGAAGAAGCCGCUUCAUCCUCUUCAGCGGCGGAAGUAGAUCGGGGGUGGGUGGGGGGAGAGAAGAGUCGCUGCCCUCCCACUCCUCCUUUCCGCCGGUGGAUUCUUCCGCCUUACCCGCAGCGCCUGAAGCAGUUCGGCGGCCGCCAAUCCAGCCCCCCUCCCCUCGCUUUUCCACCGUUGCGGCGGCGACUUCCUCCCGCAGGGGCUAUGGGGCUCCUGUCGCAGGGCUCCCCGCUGAGCUGGGAGGAGACGCAGCGGCACGCGGAGCACGUGCGCAAACACGGCAUCCUCCAGUUCUUGCACAUCUACCGGGCCGUGAGGGAGAGGCACAAGGAUGUGCUCAAAUGGGGAGACGAGGUGGAAUACAUGUUGGUAGCUUUUGACCAUGAGAAGAAGAGAGCUCAGUUGUCUCUAAUUGGAGAAGAAGUUCUUCAUACUUUGCAAGAAAAGGGUGAAAGAGUAAAUCCUAACCAUCCAACUCUGUGGAGGCCAGAAUAUGGAAGCUAUAUGAUUGAAGGGACACCUGGACAGCCUUAUGGAGGAACCAUGUCCGAAUUUAACACUGUGCAAGACAACAUGAGAAAACGGCGCCAGGAAGCUGCUUCUGUUCUGAAAGAAAAUGCAGCUCUUUGCACUGUCACAUCUUUUCCAAGAUUAGGAUGUCCAGGAUUUACGAUACCAGAGAGCCCCCCAACACCUAUUGAGGCAGGUGCAUCUAAGUCUCUCUUUUUCCCAGAUGAAGCCAUUAACAAACACCCCAGAUUUAGUACCUUAACAAGAAAUAUUCGGCACAGAAGAGGAGAAAAAGUAGUGAUAAAUGUACCAAUAUUUAAGGACAAGAAUACUCCAUCGCCAUUCAUAGAAACAUUCCCUAAUGAUGAUGGUGAAGCAGCAAGAGCCGUCAAGCCUGACCAUGUAUAUAUGGAUGCUAUGGGGUUUGGAAUGGGCAAUUGCUGUCUUCAGGUUACAUUCCAGGCAUGCAGCAUUUCUGAAGCAAGAUACCUUUAUGAUCAACUAGCUACCAUCUGUCCCAUUGUAAUGGCUUUAAGUGCUGCGGCUCCAUUCUACAGAGGCUAUGUGACCGAUAUUGAUUGCCGUUGGGGAGUAAUAUCUGCAUCAGUAGAUGACAGGACACGAGAAGAGAGGGGAUUAGAGCCACUGAAGAACAACCGUUACAGAAUUGAUAAAUCCAGAUACGAUUCCAUAGAUAGUUACCUCUCUGAGGGUGGCGAAAAGUACAAUGAUAUUGAUUUGACAAUAGAUAAAGAAAUCUACGACCACCUAGUCAGUGAAGGCAUAGACCAUCUUUUGGCACAACAUAUUGCUCACUUAUUUAUUCGAGAUCCAUUGACUUUAUUUGAAGAGAAAAUUCAUCUGGAUGAUGCAAAUGAAUCUGAUCAUUUUGAGAAUAUUCAAUCAACAAACUGGCAGACAAUGAGAUUUAAGCCACCGCCUCCAAAUUCAGAUAUUGGAUGGAGAGUUGAGUUCAGACCAAUGGAGGUUCAAUUAACAGACUUUGAAAAUUCUGCCUAUGUUGUAUUUGUGGUGCUGCUGACCAGAGUCAUUCUUUCAUACAAACUGGAUUUUCUGAUUCCUUUGUCCAAGGUGGAUGAAAACAUGAAAGUAGCUCAGAAACGGGAUGCUGUCCGGCAGGGCAUGUUUUAUUUCAGGAAAGAUAUUAGUAAAGGCGGCAAUGCUGUAGUGGAUGGAUGUGGCCCAGCUCAGAAUGGAACAGAAACAGAUGCAGAAGAGUAUGCUCUAAUGAGUAUCGAUACAAUAAUCAACGGGAAGGAGGGUGUGUUUCCUGGUUUAAUUCCAAUUUUAAAUUCUUACCUUGAAAACAUGGAAGUGGAUGUGGAUACAAGAUGCAGCAUUCUAAACUACUUAAAACUGAUAAAGAAGAGAGCGUCAGGAGAAUUGAUGACAGCUGCUCGAUGGAUGAGAGAGUUCAUUGCAAGCCACCCAGACUACAAACGUGAUAGUGUGAUCACGGAUGAAAUAAACUACAACCUGAUUUGGAAAUGCCAUCAGAUUGCGCAAGAACAAGUAGAGUGUCCUGAACUGCUUGGGGUGGGCUUUAACAAAGCAAAAUACACUGGGACUAAAACCGAUGCCUUUUGAUGGAAGGCUUCCUUUCGUGGAAGGCUUCCUUUCAUCCAGGGGGUGGGAGGCACAAAACAUUCUCUGCCGAAGCAUUAGCUACCGUACUGUGAAAUACCUGUGAUUUCUCAGCAUGAAGACCAAAACUGGUUCUUCUGCACCACAUGAUGGGCCAAUCUCUCUAGUCUCUUAAAGCUUCCUACAAUAGCAUAUUCUUAUAUUUAAAGUUUAUACUGUGUACAUGUAAAUAGUAAAAUAUUUUUUGAUUUAACAUCAAUGUAUUUUAAUAACAUUAUACUGAAAGUCAUUGUGCACCAGCCUGUAACUUUUUAUAUGAUUAUUCAGGGGAAAGGGGGAGAAACAACUUUGUAAAGGUACUGUAAUGGCACUUGUUUAUUUUCAGCAUUCCAGACUUUGAAUGUUUACCCUGACUUUUGUUACCUGGAAUGCACUGAAGAAUUUACUGCAUCUUAAAGAAAAGUUCAGUCCCUGAUUCACAUUUUUUAUUUCCAGUUAUGAGAAUAUGUUGUGGUUACAAUCCUAGUAUAGUCAGUGAAAGAAGUCUCAUAGGAAUCAGAUUUGUAGUUGGGCAGCCCACUACAUACAUAAACUUGGAUUUAAGCAGAUUUUAAUCUCUCUGCCAUCAAUGAGAUAUAAUAAUUUUAAAUUCAAAGAACUUCCAGUUAACUACAUUAAAUGGUAACCAGCAUAUUCCUGCACUGCUCUUUUUUUUUUUUUUUUGCUUUUGCUUCACAUACGUGUCACCUUAGUUUUACCUGAUCAGUUCAACGGCAUCAUGCGGUAUGUGUUUUCAAUUGAUUUUUGAUAGGUGGAGUCUUUAGGAUAGGUUUUUCUCUUGGGUGCAAGGAAAUAUAAUAACAUUUCAAGAGCAUAUAAUUCUUUAAUGGCACCUGUAUCCUUUUAUAGUCAAAACUGCAGUUUUCCCCGCUCUGAAGUCCUACAUUUUUUAAGCUAUCAUGAAUUCAGUAUGCGUGCUCAUUAUUUUUCUUUUUGUCUUUUUCCUUCUGUAAAAGGCUAGGUCUCGUGUUCAGCCAGCUAGAAGAUCCUUCUCCAAUCCCCUCCACUGUAUUGAUAACACAAGAUGUUACCGUGUGCUCCCCACCACAAUAUCUAUGGCAUAGAAGCCAGAAUAGAUUUAUUUCCCACACAGUAAAAAUUGGGAGCCUCUGUUCAGCUAAAUUUGAGUGUUGCACAAAUAUAAGAGGAGACCAAACAAGCUGUAGAAGAAUAAGCAACAUACCACUAGCUGAAAAGGAAGGUGAUAAAUUAAAAUUAAGUUUGUUUUUCUUGUGGCACAGUUAAAUGUUUCCCCCUAUUUUCUAGAAGCUACAUCCUCUUUAACUGUUUUUUUGAGGAAUCAUGGAAUGCACUAAUCCUUCUGUGAAUCAGGAACCUGGAGUUUAAAGGAAUUGUAUAGAACCUAAAACUUAAGACAGUUGCUGCAAUUGUACAUAUAACCUGAGGUUUAGGAGGCUUUUUAAUAUUAGCUGCCUAUAAGGUGAGAGUGACCUACUGUAUGAUAGAUUAUGAAAUACAUAAUAACAAGCAUAUAUAAAUAUCUUAAGGUGUAAUGAUUUCUUACCAAAAAAAAAAAAGUGCAGUGCAACUGUGUAACAGUAUGCCUGUAGAGAUACUAGAAUGUGCUGUGUAUAGAUGUGCUUUAGGGAGAUGCUUGUUUCGGGUUAUAAACAGAGUGGCACAGAAUCACUAAUCUGUGGAAUGAAUAAAAAUUUGAACUGUG